AUGUCGUUGUCAAUUCCCAGCGCCCCAAAUGCUGGGCUGUUCAAACAGGGCUAUACAAGCCAUGACGCCGAAGACGGCGCCGUGCUCCGCAAUAUCGAAGCAUGCCGCUCCAUCGCGCAAACAGUACAGACAUCCUUGGGCCCCAACGGCCGCAACAAAAUCAUCAUCAACCACCUGCAAAAGUUGACCCUAACAUCGGACGCCGCCACCAUCCUGCGCGAGCUCGAGGUUGUCCACCCCGCGGCCAAACUGGUUGUCAUGGCUAGCCAGCAGCAAGAGGCCGAGAUGGGCGACGCGACGAAUUUGGUUAUUGUGCUUACGGGCGAGUUGCUGAAGAAGGCGGAGGAGCUGCUGAGGAUGGGGUUGAAAACGAGCGAUAUUGUGCUGGGUUAUGAGAAGGCGCAAGGGCUUGCGUUGAAGUGUUUGGAUGACCUCGAGGUGGAUAGGCUCAAGGAACUACGAUCUACAUCAGAGUUGAGCAAGGCAAUUAGAACUGUCAUUGGGAGCAAACAGUCCGGCUCAGAAGAUAUCCUAGCCCCGCUUGUCGCAGAGGCCGUCCUGACAGUCCUCCCGAAAAAUCCCUCUAACUUCAACGUCGAUAAUGUGCGCGUCGUCAAGAUCAUGGGCGGCAGCCUAGAUCAAUCCCGAGUCGUCAAGGGCAUGGUUUUCGGCCGUGAACCGGACGGAACCAUUAAAAAGGCCAAUAAGGCCAAAGUUGGCGUCUUCAGCUGUCCCAUCGACAUAUCCCAGACAGAAACCAAGGGCACAGUCCUCCUCCACAACGCCCAGGAAAUGCUAGACUACACCAAGGGUGAAGAAGCCCGUCUCGAAGCCACUAUCAAAGAACUCUACGACUCCGGCAUCCGCGUUGUUGUCGCCGGCUCUACCGUCGGCGAGCUAGCAAUGCAUUACCUAAACCGCUUCAACAUCCUUGUCAUCAAGAUCCUCUCCAAAUUCGAACUACGCCGCCUCUGCCGCGUCGUCGGCGCCACGCCCCUCGCCCGCCUCGGUGCCCCCAUGCCCGACGAAAUGGGCUCCAUCGACGUCGUCGAAACGCUCGAGAUAGGCGGUGAUCGCGUCACGGUCUUCAGGCAGGAGGAUGCAGGCGCCGUCACGCGAACAGCCACCAUCGUCCUGCGCGGCGCGACGCAGAACCACCUCGAUGACGUCGAGCGCGCCAUCGACGAUGGCGUCAAUGUCAUUAAGGCCGUGACUAAGGAUCCGCGCCUGGUGCCUGGAGCGGGUGCCACGGAGCUCCAGCUCGUCGAACGCGUGUCUUCCAUUGCGGAUAAGACGCCCGGUCUCCCGCAGUAUGCCAUCCGUAAAUUCGCGGAGGCAUUUGAAGUUAUCCCGCGCACGCUGGCGGAGUCUGCCGGGCUGGAUGCUACGGAGGUUCUAUCGCGUCUGUACACGGCACAUCAGCAGCGUCGAUCAACAGGGGGAAACAAGAAACAACAGGCCGUUAACCAUGCUGUGGGUGGGGAGGAUGAAGAAGAGGAGGAGGAAGAAGGAGAGGAAGAGGAAGAGUCCGAAAACGCCAGCUUGUCUGAGGAUGAGGAGCCAUAUUGGACUACCGGCGUUGAUUUGCAGGCAUCUUCCGCUGCGGGAACGAUCGAUGCGGUCGAGGAGGGGAUAUUGGAUCUACUCGCUUCCAAGGCGUGGGCUAUUAGGUUGGCGACGGAGGCGGCGCGGACGGUGUUGUCGGUUGAUCAGAUUAUUGUGGCGAGGCAGGCGGGGGGCCCGAAACCGCCGGGGCAGAAUCCUAAUUGGGAUGAAGAUUGA